GAGGUGAAGGCGCGCAACUUGCGCGGGUGCCUGCGGGCGGAUCCAAGAAAGAAGCGACCCAGGAGCCCGCGGUGGGGUCUGGGGGAUAAGGCGCAGACGGGGGCGAGUGGUCUGCAUAGGACACUAACCGGGCUUCCCGUGGCCGAGAGAGGAUGGACUCAGCGGGGAAAGGUGGCCCGGCCCCUUUGCCAAAACAGUAUAAAGAAAUGAAGAAAUCCGAGAUGAUGCUGAAGCAACCACAUUUGGGGGCACUAUCCGUGGUGCUGAUUCUUUGUCUGGGCCUUCCUGGAAUCACAGUUGCAUGUCCUCACCCGUGUGCCUGCUAUGUUCCCACUGAAGUUCACUGCACAUUUCGGUCCUUAACAGCAGUUCCAACAAAAAUUUCUAAACAUGUGGAACGAAUUAAUCUAGGGUUUAACAGUAUACAGACAAUAUCUGAAAACUCUUUUGCAGGACUUGCAAAGCUAGAACUGCUCAUGCUUCAUGGAAAUGACAUCCAAAAUAUACCAAAUGGUGCCUUAAAGGAUCUGAUAUCACUACAGGUAUUCAAGAUAAGCUACAAUAAACUGCAGGUUAUAACAGGCCAGACUCUACAAGGGCUUUCCAGCCUCAUGAGACUGCACAUGGACCACAACCAAAUUGAAUUCAUCCACCCUAAUGCUUUUAAUGGAUUAACGUCCCUCAGACUUCUCCACUUGGAAGGAAACUUACUCCAACAGCUUCAUCCCCACACAUUUUCUACGUUUUUGGUCCUUGAUUACUUCAGGCUGUCAACAAUCAAACACCUCUAUCUGUCUGAAAAUGCCAUUAGAACACUGCCAAUGGGAAUUUUUCAAAGAAUGCCACUCCUAGAGAACAUUUACCUUCAUGGGAACCCUUGGUCAUGUGACUGCAGGUUGAAAUGGCUGCUCCAAUGGAGCGAGAAAUCUGCAGGUGUCCUCAAGUGUAAAAAAGACAAAGCCUACGAAGAAGGUCAACUUUGCCCAAAGUGUACCUUCCCUAAGCAAUUUCAGAAACAAGAUAUUCAAAAUGUGAAAGAUAUUUCCUGCACAAAGCCUGUUAUACAAUCCCCACUAAAACACAAUAUCACCCUCAGGGAGGAAGAAGAGGAGGAAGAUGAUAGUUCUGAACCUCCCAUGGAAGAAUUUCAGCUAGCUCCAUGGAACAUUACAUUGAACAUGACAGAUGAGCAUGGAAAUGUUGUGAAUCUGAACUGUGAAAUCAAAAAACCAACAGACUCUUCCAAAAUUCAGUGGAACCAUAUCUCUCCUCAGGAAAUUGAGGUCAACAUGACCCUUUCCCUGGAUCUGGAAUGCCUAAUGAGCCGAGACAACUAUGAAAAAUUGUGGAAACUUAUUGCCUAUUACAGUGAAGUGCCUGUCAAAUUAGUACGGGAACAUGUGCUCAGCCAGGAACCCAAGUUAAGUUACCAUUACAGGCAAGGUUCUGAUUAUGAUGCCCUUUACUACACCGGCGUCAAAGGGAGAAUCCUAGCGGAGCCUUCCUGGGUGAUGCAACCUUUAAUACACAUCCAACUGAACAGACGCCAGAGCACCAGCAAGAAAGUUGUGCUCUCUUUCUCUACUCAAGUUUCUCAAACACUUCGGACCCAAGAAAACAGACAGCAGCGAAUCAGCUGGGUCAUGAUAGAACAAGACCAGUAUACAAGGGCAGCUCAGAGUGUAGUAGAGGGUUCCGACACUCAAUUGAGUUGCAACAUAAAAGCAUCAGAAAGCCCUUCCAUCAAUUGGGUGCUUCCGGAUGGAACUAAACUGAAAGCUCCAUACAAAAUGGAAAGCAGCAGGUUUUCUGUCCUCAGCAGUGGUCAGUUAGUCAUCAGAUCAGUGGUCUAUGGUGACACAGGUGUGUACCAUUGUAUUGCUCAAGUGAGAGGUGAUGUAGACACCAUGUCCUACAGAGUUCUGGUGCAAGCUCCAGUCAUUCAGCCAGCUGACUCUGAGAUAACAAAAGUUGAAAAAAAUGUGGGGCAGUCCAUAUUUUUGCCCUGUAGUGCAGUGGCAGUCCCAGAAGCACACCUUAGCUGGAUCCUCCCAAGUAGCCAUGUUCUUCAUGAUUUAUCAAACUCUUCCCAUGGUUAUCUGUUAGACAAUGGUACACUGUUAAUUCCACAUGGCCAUAUCCGGGACAGUGGGUACUACAGAUGUGUGGCCAUCAACCAACAAGGAGCAGACCAGUUUGCUGUUAAAGUAACAGUCAAUAAGAUGGUAUCUGAUAGAUCCUCAAAAAGGGUAAAAUUUAAAAAACACCCUGGUUCUUGGACCUCUGUAAAAGUACAGGGACAGACCAUAGAAGAUGAUGAGGGAUCGGGAGUUGAAGACACUGAUGAUACUCCAAGCAAAAAAGUCCAUUUAAAGAACCACGAAGUGUCCCUUAAACAGAAGAAUGAACAUGUUUCUCAUGUCCAGAUGAAAAAGAAUAAAAAAGGAAAGCGCAAAAUGAAAUUGUGGAAAGGCAUGGAUAGGACUGAAGAAACCAAUGUUGCGGAGGGCCGCAGGGUAUUUGAAUCUCGAAGGAGAAUAAAUAUGGCCAACAAGCAAAUUAAUCCACAGCACUGGGCUAACAUUUUGGCAAAAGUUCGUGGGAAAAAGCUUCCUAGAACAACAGCAGCACCAGUCUCUUCUGUAAGGACUUUGACAGAGAUUCCAUUGGUACAUCUGACUACCAUUGUGCCUCCUCCUGUCGCUAGUCCCCCGCCAAAUAUUGCUAUGGAAAUCAACAGAGAGGAGUCUUCUGCAGACAUAUCACAUUUGGGGGAAGCAGAGCUGUUCACAAUAGCCAUUCCUUCCAGGAGCCACACACAGUAUUAUAAUCCUGAUCAAACACCUUCCACAGCACUGAAUAUUGGGCCUGAGCCUUCAGAAGGGCAUGAACCCUUAAGCGCUAGAGAAAAUCAAUACAGGAAGGAAGUAUCUCUUGCAACAGAUACUUCCAUCUCUCCAACUGAACAGGUCCCAGAUGGGGAAGACAGUCAUCUGAGAACAGACCAGCUGAAACCAACAGAACAGAAAAGCAUGGAUGGUUUUACUCAAAAAUCUUCAAAUGAAGAAGUAACAAGCAUUACUGACAUUCAGAGCAAUAUGGCAGCAGCCAGUAAUGGAGACAGACCCACACAAAGUUCAUUGUUCCCUUUUGAACUAUCAUCGGAAGCUUCAGAUCUUGCAAAAGCUCAUGAGUCCAAAGCCACAGAACCAGAUUUACACCAGGAGAAUACACACAACCUAGGUAACACUGCAAUAAAUUCUGCAUAUUUUCCUGUUAAUGACAAUCUGCAUUUAAAAGCCACUACUCCCUUUUUUGGUUUGGCCUCUCAAAUGACAGAUUAUGUUCUCACAGAGAGGGCCAGCACAAAGCACCAGGAAAUAAGAACUUUCUCAGAGCUAUUCAGGGGUUCUGAAGAUACAAUAUUUGAAAACCCACAUGCUCAAAAAUUAGAAUCCACUGUUACUGUGGAGAAUACCAUUACCCCACUUAAGCAGAAAGACUGGUUAAUGACUGUUGCCACCAGUAACAAGUUAACCACUGUGCCCAUGAUUAGAGCAUCUGAAAGAAAACCAGUUUCCUCUGAGCCACAGAUUAUUCCCCAUCCCUGGAGGCGAACACAUGGCAGAAGGAGAUUCAGGAUCAGAAGACCAAAGCCCACACCCCCUGCAGCCAUUUUCAUAAAGGAAACUCCUUUUAUUCCAACAAGAUCUAAAUCAGAAGCUGCAACCCAAAGUCUGCAAGGUUCCACUUUUAGGGGCCAUCAAAAACCUGAUGCUGAAACACAGCAUUCAACAGAGUAUAAAUCCCGGGAAGCCACUUUCUCAUUAACGACAAGUGUUACUGCUGCGCAGUGGUCCACGAAAGUACAGGAAACAAAAACUGCUUCAGUUUUUCAGUUGUCUACUUUGCUGCCUAAAACUCCUAUAACUCCUUAUAAUACUUUCAAAGAUCAGAAGAGUCACACUGUGAUAUCAACACAAGAUUCCUGGACAACAGCUCCUGACAAGCAGCAUUUAAAUCACAACUCAGAUGAUUUACACACAACAUCUACAGGCAAUGAAUUAAUCAAAGACUAUGAACAUAAUGCUAUCACAGCAAAUAAGGAAGUCACAGAGGCACAUAAAACAAGCACUUCAGUGCCUGUGGAAAGUUCUGCUAACCCAGUGUCAUCUUCUGACUUGAGUUAUGUAAUGCUCCCAAAGUUUGCAGAAAAAUCUGUUCCUAUUGGCUCAUCAGAAAAUAGAGUAGCUCUGUCAAGACCUUCUACAGUAAAAUAUGUGACUACUGUCAACGGCCUAGAGGAAUAUUUUGAGAUUCCUUCAACUGUAGAUGAACCACAGAAUUUUUCAGAAUCUCUAAUAACAACUACAAUUGCAACAUCUUCCCAUCAAAAAGAAACAGUGACUUUGCCACUUUCCUCUGGUAGAGGAGAUCCUCACCUUUUCACACCUACAGAAAUGAAACAAGUGAUCCAUCCUUGGCUAAGUAGAACUCCCACCCUACCAUCUUCAAGGCAUCCAAAGGAAAUGAUCACUCAGUUACAAGAUCGCCAUGAUCAGAGUAUUAUAUACAGAACUGAAAAAAGCUACCCCCCAGUUUUGCCUGUUGUGCCUGCACCUUUGGCCACUGCAUUUCCUCCAUUAAUAUCCAGGACGGUUAAUUCAUCUGAGCAUUUUUUUGGAAAGAAAAAUGACACAUCUGCCCAAAUGGCACAUCCAAAAAACAAAUCAUCCAGUGUUGAUCAUGUGCAAGUCAAACUCAGCUCAAGACAGAAUGAACCUUCCACUUUUCAUUCAAGCAACAUCAGGAUCCUCACACAGCAAAAGCAAGGACAUUUGAAAGAGCCAUAUGGUGGCAGAUCAUACAAUAGCCUCCCACUAAAUCCCAAUAUUCCUAACCAGCCCGUUGAAAGGGUACCCACUUUUAAUCAGCCAUCUGCUUUUGUGCCUCCAAAACGUAUUCCUAUGAGGGGGACAGCAAAACCUCCGUAUCUGAUUGCGCCAGGCCUCUUUCAACAUUUUGUGACUCAUCAGAUCCCCCUUCACUAUACCAAUAAGCCAGAGAUAACAGCAUAUGCGGCACAUACCACACAGGAGAGGAAAAACUCUUCUCAGAUAGAGACCUUCUUCCCUACCACAACAUCCGCUCCAUUAUACAAAUUGCACACUCCAAGCAGAUUUGGCAACCAGGGUGAAACCCGAUACAAUGUUCACUCCAGAGUUUUUGUCAAUAACUAUCUUCCUGAGGUCAGAGACAAGCCUGGAAGAACAACAAAUCAGGCUGUACCAUAUUUUCCCAAUUCCAGAAUCCCAUUCCUCAUUAACAGAACUAGAGUAUUCCAAAACUUGGGAAUAAAUUCUAAGCCUGUGGUGCCUCAUCUGCGUGGCCCAGUGCGCACUCCUGAGAAGAACUUUCUCUCUCUUGCUACUCCUCUAAAAGUCACCACAGUGCCAAGGCCUCCUGUGUCCUCAGUUACUGAACCACCAACUGUGGCUACAACAUCUGUGUUCCUCGCUCCAAGUAUUAAACCACAGGAGGUGUCAACCACGCAAACCUCCAGAAGCAACUAUAAUCAUAAUAGUAAUUAUAAUCAUCCAAAUGUACUAUUGAUGCCUAAAUUGGGAGGAGUCAAGGCUCUGAACUCCAGCCUUAUCCAGCCUUCUACACCUUUCAGAAGCCAAGGGGAAAGGCCUAAGAUUAUAACCAAAAAGACUAACAGUUUAUCCACCCUCGCUGAAUCAGAUGUUGUUAUCCCAUGCGAUGCCACAGGAGAACCUAAGCCUUUCCUUUCAUGGACAAAAAUCUCCACAGGAGCUCUGAUGACAGCCAGUACCCGGAUACAACGUUUUGAAGUCUUGAAAAAUGGCACGUUCAUAAUUCGCAAUGUUCAGCUUCAGGACCGUGGACAGUAUUUGUGCACUGCUCAGAACCUGCAUGGCGUUGAUAAAAUGAUAGUCUUGUUGACUGUCUUAGCCCAGCAGCCCAAAAUGCUGGGUUCGCGCUUCAGAGACGUGACUGUUUAUUUUGGAGAAAAAGUGACUAUGGAUUGCCAAGCCAGAGGCAUUCCAAGCCCACACAUAUCUUGGAUUUUUCCUGACAGGAAAAUAUUACAGACGGUGAGCAGUACACAGGGAAGAAUCAUGCUGUAUGAAAACCGAACGUUGUCCCUGAAGGACACUAACUUCUCAGACAGGGGCGUUUACAAGUGCAUAGCCAGCAAUGCCGCAGGAGCAGAUAGUCUUGCUGUGAGACUUCAUGUUGCUGCCUUGCCACCUAUUAUCCAGCAGGAGAAAUGGGAAAACAUUUCCCUUACCGUGGGACAGAACAUUAACAUUCACUGCAGUGCCAAAGCAGCCCCUUUGCCUGGCAUCCGCUGGGUGCUUUUUGACGGAACCCAGAUCAGGACUUCCCAGUUUGUUCACGGCAAUCUGUUCGUAUUUCCAAACGGAACUCUUUACAUACGCAACGUCUCACCCAGAGACAGCGGGAGCUACGAAUGCAUUGCAGCCAACAUGGUUGGUGCCGCCAGAAGAACGGUGUGGCUGCAGGUCCAAAAGCAGUCCACAAAUGCCAAGAUCACUGGGAGCUCUCCUCAGAGAACAGAUGUGACCUAUGGCAGUGCCCUGCGGCUGGACUGCAGUGCAUCCGGUGACCCCUGGCCACGGAUACUCUGGAGGCUUCCUUCAAAAAGGAUGGUGGAUUCUCUGAACAGCGUGGACAGCAGAAUCAAGGUAUUUGGCAAUGGGACUUUGGUUGUCCAUUCCGUCACCGACAAGGACGCAGGCGACUAUUUGUGUGUGGCCCGCAAUACGAUUGGAGACGACUAUGUGGUUGUCAAAGUAAAUGUGAUGAUGAAACCUGCCAAAAUCGAACAUAAGAGUGAGAACAAUCGCAAAGUGCUAUACGGAGGGGACCUCAAGGUUGACUGUGUAGCCACAGGUCUACCAAACCCUGGGAUCUCCUGGGGUCUUCCAGAUGGAAGCAUGAUCAAUACCUUCAUGCAGUCCGAUGACAGUGGAAACCGAGCAAAAAGAUAUGUAGUAUUUAACAAUGGGACACUGUAUUUCAAUGACGUGGGGCUGAAAGAAGAGGGGGACUACACUUGCUAUGCCGAGAACCAGAUUGGUAAAGACGAAAUGAAAGUGCGGGUGAAGGUAGUGGCCGAACCUGCCACAAUUAGGAACAAAACCUAUACAGUGAUCAACAUCCCCUAUGGAGAUGUGGUGUCUGCAGGGUGUGAAGCCAAAGGGGAGCCCACACCAGAGGUGACUUGGUUCUCUCCAAGCAACAAGCCUAUCCCGCUUCUGUCACAGAAGUAUCGCAUCUACAGAGAUGGAACCCUUCUCAUACAGAAGGCCCAAAGAUCAGAUAGUGGCAACUAUACAUGUGUAGCCCGGAACAGUGCUGGGGAAGACCGCAAGAUUGUCUCAAUCCAUGUCAAUGUUCAGCCUCCCAAAAUCAAUGGGCAUCCCAACACCAUCGCCUCAGCAAGAGAAACGGCUCUAAGAGACAGUCGGAAGCUAAUUGACUGUAAAGCAGAAGGCAUCCCUUCUCCACGUGUCAUGUGGGCUUUUCCAGAAGGUGUCAUCCUGCCUGCCCCCUAUUAUGGGAACAGAAUUACUGUGCACCGUAAUGGGACCCUGGAUAUCCGCAGCGUGAGGCAUUCAGACUCAGUGCAGUUGGUGUGCAUUGGUAGGAAUGAAGGAGGAGAGGCCAGGUUGAUUGUGCAGCUUCAGGUUACAGAUCAGGUGGAAAAGCCCACUUUCAGGGACCCUGUCACUGAAAGGAUCACAGCUGCAGCAGGACACAGCAUCAAUUUGAACUGCUCGGUCCAUGGGAUCCCUCAGCCCACCACAACCUGGAUCCUUCCUAAUGGCACCGAACUGCAAAAGAGCAGCCACAUGCAGAGAUUUUACCACAAGAGGGACAGCAUCCUACACAUCAGUGCCCUCUCUCCUGUGGAUGCUGGGACUUAUCGCUGCAUAGCCCGCAACUCACAUGGUUAUGCUGAGCGGGUGGUCUUCCUCAAAGUGGGGCAGAAACCAGAAAUCAGCAAUCAGUAUAACAACCUGGUGAGCAUCAUCAAUGGGGAGACCCUCCAGCUUCACUGCGUCACCCAGCCUAACCAACGGGCUCGCAUUACUUGGACCCUGCCCAAUGGCAUGGUGUUAGAUGGUCCCCAAACCCAUGGACGGCUCUCCCUGUCAGAGAAUGGCUCUCUCACUAUACGGGAGACCUCUGUUUUUGACAGAGGGACUUACCUGUGCAAGGCAGUGACUGAGUACGGCUCUUCCCUUAUGAACGUCCCAGUUAUUGUGAUAGCUUACCCACCCCGGAUCACAAGUGAACCAGCACCAGUCAUUUAUAUACGGCCAGGCAACACAGUGAGGCUGAGCUGUAUGGCCAUUGGGAUCCCAAAAGCAGAAAUAACAUGGGAGCUCCCAGACAAAUCUCAUCUGACAACAGGAGCUCAAUCCCGGCUGUACGGGAACAAAUUCCUUCACCCUCAGGGCUCAUUAAUCAUCCAGCAGGUUACACAAAGGGAUGCAGGCUUCUACAAAUGCACUGCUAAAAAUAUACUAGGCAGCGAUUCAAAAGCAACCUACAUACACAUAUUCUGAAGUUCAAGCAAAUACCUUCGAAUACACACAAAUGUCCAAAGUCCCUGCCAAGUGAGCACAGCUAGGAAAAUACAGUUGUUCAAGGAAACCAGUUGUACUAAGAAGAGAACAGGAUGGUUGUGUGAGAAGUAGAGGAGUGCAUAGCUUUACCUUUGUGAAAUGCCAAAAUGCUAUCCAAGAAGAUAACACUGUUGAAAAGACCCCUGAACUGAUUCUGUAAAGAAACAGAGCCAAGUUCUCAAAGGAGUUCAUUGUCUGAAUAGCAUUUUGGUAUUUGUUUUGCCUAAGGACCCAAGAGUACAUCUGCUGUGUGCACCAGUGUUAGAAUUCUUUGAUCUCACGUUACAUGCCAUGGCUUCAUCCUGUGGAACCUUGGGACUUCAAAGUUUGGUGUCGUACUUAGAAUUCUCUGUGCCAGCCAUGAUAAUCAAAAUGGGAUCUAUAACUGUGUUAUGUAGAUACUGUAUGGUGCUGCAGGGGAGGGAAGCAGGGUCCAGCAAAAUCUCAGACCAAGUUGGUUUCAAAUGUUACUUUUGAAAUGUGACUUUGAGAGGUGGUUUUACGAACAAUCAAUCAAACAAAUUAGUCCAGGCAAAGUCCAGCCUUUUAUUUCCCUGUCUCCCUUCCCUUCCAUCAACAUUUCUGAUCGAUUUCAGUGGAAGAAUACAGCAAUCAGAGGGACUGAAGUAAUGCUUAACUUUAACAGGAGUGUGCUCUGUUUCACAAAACCCAACAAGCUGAGUUUCCCUUCCCCUGCAGUACAACACUGAGUGCCACUAACAGUUGUGGGAAAUUCAAAACGAUCUUUCAUUAUAGCAGAACUAGGGAACCUGUGGUCUUCCAGAGACUGAUGGGUGUCUCCUGCCAUCAUGCCUCCUUACUGGCCAGACGGAACCGAGCUGAUGAGAACUGAAGUCCCACAAAUCUGGAACACAUUGCAAAGUAGAGUAAGCUACAAGGGAAAUGAGGAGAACUGAAUGCAGGAAUGCCCUCUUCGGUAACAGAGCAGCCUUGUGGGUCUGGACUAAGUCCUCCUGAUCAGUUUAAGGCAGCAAUACAUCAGCCUCACUCCUGGCGUGAUCUGAAAUUCCCAUGGCUUCUGUAACUGGUGAUGGUGGGGGAGGGGAGAGAAAGCAAAUUGAAAUAUAAAAUGCAUAUCGGGUUUGGGGUGUUUUUAUUAUGGUUAUUGCAAGAAAAUUCAGAUUUGGAGACAUUUAAAAAUCCCCCUUGCCCUGUUUUGUUCUACCUGUCAUGUACUGUGCCUACAGGUGGUCCAGACCCAUUAUUUUACACAGCAUGCACUUUCAGGCAAACCAAAGAAAUAUUAAAUUCAACCCAGGAGCAGAUAUUGAGAGAAGUUUCUUUUUUAUCUUGUUUUUUCUGGACAUAAAAGUGGUUCCUGAACCCCUUGCCAUUCUCUGACAAGGCCAGAUCUCUAUAAGAACAUGACAGCUAACUGCUCUGCCCGUACUUCCACCAGUUCUCCAAGAUCAGUUCCUCAAUAAGAAUUCAAAGCAAAGCAAAACGAAUCCUGACUUUAUGCCAGCACGGCCUAGCAAAUCAUUACUGUAGCAAUGGAAAUGCCUCACAACAAGGGCAACCCUGGCUGAUUUCAGUCAUUCUUAUUUUAUAUGUGUGUAUGUGUCUGUGUGUGUGUAUGUGUGUGUGUUUCAGACUAUGAGACUGGAAGAAUAACAGUAACCUGUGUCUCAGUGUAUAAAUUAUUGGUCUUUAAAAGACCCUGAUACUUCUACUGUGUUUUAUAUAUUAUUAAGAUCAGUAUACUGUAUGUUUUAUAAUAAAAACAAAUA